GAGGAGGGGCGCUGCGUGUGUAAUAUUAGAACAGCGGCAAAUAACCUCCGCGUUCAACUACUUCCACUCCACUGCAACCAUGGCCGGCGACAGUGAAACACAUCUUAAGGGCAGAGAGGAGAACGGCCAUACCAUCCGACAGCCUUUCCUUAUCGGUGUGUCUGGAGGCACCGCCAGUGGGAAGUCCUCAGUAUGUGGGAAGAUCAUGGAGCUCUUGGGCCAGAAUAAAAUUGACCAUCAUCAACGUCAGGUGGUCAUUCUCAGUCAAGACAGCUUUUACAAGGAGCUCACGCCUGAACAGAAGUCCAAAGCACUAAAGGGCCAAUUCAACUUUGAUCAUCCUGAUGCUUUUGACAGUGAACUCAUUAUGAAGACACUGCAUGAUAUCCUUCAGGGGAAGACAGUGCACAUCCCUGUGUAUGACUUUGUUGCCCAUUCCAGAAAGGAUGAGUUUGUGACCCUAUAUCCAGCAGAUGUGGUUCUUUUUGAAGGGAUUCUCAUGUUUUACUCCCAAGAGAUUCGCGAACUAUUCCAGUUGAAGCUGUUUGUUGACACCGACCCAGACACGAGACUCUCUCGAAGAGUGUUGCGGGACAUCAGUGAGAGAGGCAGAGAGUUGGAACAGGUUCUGACCCAAUACAUCACUUUUGUAAAGCCAGCUUUUGAGGAGUUCUGUCUUCCAACCAAAAAGUAUGCAGAUGUCAUCAUUCCUCGUGGAGCAGACAACCUUGUGGCUAUUAACCUGAUCGUGCAACAUAUUCAGGACAUCCUGAAUGGAGGAGUCACAAAAAGACAGAAUGACUUAAUAAACGGCCAUGGAACUCCCAGACAAAGAAGGACGUCAGAGUCCAGUAGACCUCACUGACCUCACUGUGGCUCUUUCCUCCAUUGAGGAGAGGGCAGGACUGAAUAAUAACGGCAGACAUCCCUUUUGUCCAGUGAAAACCAAAGGGAUGCGGGAGCUGAAAUGCCUUUUGUUAUUGUUAACAUGAUUUGCAUUCAGAAUAUUGUGGAUAACUGUUUGGUCAAAUUUUUUUCAAAGGGUUGUAAAGGUGCUGUGUUUUUUGGAAGGGUUGAUUCCACACUUGGCCUGUCCUGUCAGUGUGUCUAUCUGCAUUCUCAGCUACGCAGUAAAUAAAAGAAUAGUAUUGAAUUUUGAUUUUGGUGAGAUUGAAAGUCGAGAAAACGUUGAUCACAGUGCUGUUGGGACAAAUACUUGAAGUCGGAGCUCAGGUUGGGUGGGUUGUUCCAUCUGCAAAGAAAAAAUCCUAGUACCUCAUAUUUGAGGCCCUUUAUGUGUAUGUGAAUGAAGAGAUAUGUUUGUGUAAAGAUGAUCGCAUGGUAUGUUGGCAUGUAUGUGACAUUCUUGUAGUCACAUUUGAAUUUUUUUAGUUUUUAAUUGAGUCCGAACUUUGUUGAAUGUUUGAUAUGAUUCUAUCAAUCAUACCGUUUUGUUUUUUUAUGAGUAUGACAUGGCACAGUUUGGCCUCUUUGUAUCUGUGAGAUGUGAUUUAAGGUCUAUUGAAAUAUUUUAUUUACAGUGUUGAUUGCCAAAAUAACACCUUAUUUGAUGUUCAGUAAGCAGGGCCAUAGAAUCGAUCACAUUAUAUUAAAAAUGGGUUAGUUUUAUCUGAUGUAAACAUUUUGUCCUGUGUAACAAAAAUACCCUUAAAAAACAACUAUCUUUAACACUAAUUUAUACAACACAUGAAAAUGUACUGUAUCGCACACAACUAUGCUUCCAAACUUGGAAUUACUUGAACCGUGAUGUAAUUUCCCCUCAGACUCCUGUUUGUACACUGAUGUUUUAACCAGAUGACCUUUUUGGUAUAGUUUUGUUGAAAAUAAAUGUUACGGUGGGAAGGAAUAAAAUAAAUAAUGAACUUC